AUGAAGACGUUUGGCAGCACCAAGACAACGCUUACAAGCGACCCCCGAGACCUUACCGAAAUUCCGUCUCUCUUUCAAACUUUUGGGGAUCAAGACGCCAGCAGCGGCGAGGAUGACGAUAGUGGGGUACUAGUGGACACCCAUCGUGCCGGAUACGGUGGGCGGAGUGCCGUCACGGCCGCGUCGAGCCGAGACCUGGAUGCCACCUCAGCCUUCAGCUACGCCCAACGCAGUGACCACAUUGCUAGAUCCUCCUCCUCUUUGGUGGGUCACGCGGGUCAGGGGUCGCUGAGUUCGAGGCGCUCUCUCCACUCCCUCAACCACAGCUCGCACAACCCUUACAUAUUGCUCGAGAGCAGCGACGUCAAUCACUCAGAGCAGGAGUCAUUGAUCAUAGAGAACUCUUCUAAAGCUGUGCGACGGCGCCACAGCAGCUACAGCAACAACACGUCGCAGAAUGCCCUUAUGUUCGAGUUCACCUCCGCCUCCACCUCGACCUUCACCCCCGCCGACGUUGGUUCGAGUAAGCUCUUUGACAGUGGAAUGGUUCGCCGCCGCCCAAGUCAGCAGCUACAACAGCAGUCAGUUGAUGCACCGUCGACGGGGUUUUGGAGUGAUGGCAACCGAAUGAAAUUGUCUACCACUGAUGCUCGCCCUAUCUCUAUGACGACAGUGGGCACCCUUACCUGCAGCGACAAGGCCCAGAACUUCAACGUCAACGUGAAGCAGCGCGUACGACCUAGCGCCAACUCGACCAACUGCUCCCUCAACACGUCCAACUCGACUGUGCCAGUGGUCCAACCAGUGUCUUCUGCUCCGGGCAGCACUCCAGCGGUGGCUCACAUCUCUAGCAUCGCCGAAACGAUCCCCACACCCUUGCUUGGAUCCACCUCCAAUGCGUCACGCUUCGUCGCGAGCGACAGCUCGACCUUGGAGAAUCACAGCUCGUCUGGACCCUCAUCGCAACAGCUCGACCGACACUGCAUUGCCGUGACAGCGAAGGUCGCCAACGCGGUGGGCGGCGCCGAGAUGGAGAUCCAGAAGAGGAGCGGAGCUGAAACGGGCACCUACCCACAGCCUCACAGCCUUUCAAAGCCCCUGCACUACCAGUAUCCACCGCAGCAGCAGCGACAGCAACACCCGCAACAGCAGCAGUACGGCUAUGCUGAGCAGGCCCGACCUUAUCCACUGCAGCAGCAGCAGCAGCAGCCUUACAUUUACAGUGGCUGCCCGAGUCAACAUUACCCCUUUAUUUCUUCUCAGCCGGCCUAUUACGCGCAGGUGUCCGCAUCGCCCCAGCAGCAGCAGCAGCAGCAGCAGUGCUACUCCCCGCCGGUACCCAACAGCAAGAUGACCGCGCACCAAGGCUCGACUGGCUGCACCCCUGUUCAGGUUUACGGAGAAGUACCUUACACAUCGAUCCCGCAACCUGCACAAGCCCCCUACAUGGGCGAUGCCAGGACGAUGAUGAGCACGUAUGGCUAUCUGAGCAUACCCCCAAUUGCGCGUUACACUGGUACAGUCCUUGGCAGCUUGCCUGAUGUGCAGAGUGCUGCACCGCGGCAAGGUGCUGGCAGUGCUAAGGUGCGAGUUCAGCACCCCCCGCCGCUGGCCGAAACCGCCGAUCCUACCCCAGUCACCGCCGCCUCUGCUCACAACAAACCCACGAAAGUCAAAACGCAGCACGCGGACCCCGUACAGCUGCGCCAUGAGAAUGCAAAGAGGGCCGUCAUCCCAACCUCCAAGGUAGGCUCGUAUUCCAUGCCGACCGUGGCCCAAACGACCGCGGUGAAAAGGCCGACCAACUCGUCCUCAAAAAAGCUCGGCAAGAAGCAAGACGAGGCUCGCUUUCACGUGAACUAUGACGAGCCAAUUCGUUUUUUUGUGGUCGUGAAGCGCAAAAGAGAGGGCCAGCGGUAUGCUUGCCCCCUCUCCGCUGAGGAGGUGCCGGUGGGCAGCUACGUGCUCGUGGAAGGAGACCGUGGUGCCGACAUCGGCGAGGUGCUCAGUCACGUAUCGAUUGAACAGAUGGCUCGUGACUGCGCCAUCGUGGAGCGACUGCGACAGCGGGCGAUGGAGCGCAUGCUGGAGUGCAAGACAAGCAUCCUCAGAAACACUAAUGACGACGCUGACAGAGUCAAUAUUGACCAGAGCGAUUUGCCGCAGCUGACGGGAGAAGCCGCUCUGGAAUAUGUUAUGUCUAUCAAGACAUGGCCGCGGCUGAUUGGGCCAACUACGGCGGAGGACAUUGCGAAUCUGGGGCCGCAGCUGGAGGCCGAGAAGCAAGCCUACGCCACUGCCAAGCCGAUCGUACAGCAGCUCAUCGAAAACCGCUACCUGCAGCGCGUCGCGCGCAAUGAGGCAGUGCUGGCGGCAAUGGCCGCAGUGACAGAGGCGUCGAAGACAAGCGACGCAGUGACUGCUGUACCCGUGGAGCCGGCAGAGCAGAGUGCCGAUAGCGCCUCCACAGACAACAGCGAGCGGCGUCGCAACCUGACGCCCCUGUCGGAGGAGGAGCUGAAGAUGCUCGAGUUGAGCCGGGAGGUCACGCUGGUCGACUGCGAGUAUCAAUUCACGCGCGAGAAAAUCACACUGUACGUCAGCCGCCCGUCUCGCAACAUGUUCGUAGACUUCCGCGUCAUGCAGCGCAAACUCUUCCGCACCUUCCGCUGCCGAAUCUGGAUCGCCUACAUCGACGAGGUGACGCACGACAAGGACGCACCGGAGUCGUUUGUCUUUGUGCCCUUUCCCUCCAUGUCCGCCGCUGCCGCUGCCGCGCCAACGGACGGAGAGACUGACGAAGCCAAUGAUGUGGUGUGA